AAAACCACAAAGGUCUGAACUGAAAACAUCAGAUCACACUGAACAACUGAACUCAUAUCAGAUUAAUCCUGGACCACAACCUGAACCAGAUAAAGAACUGAUCCCAGAUCAGCCAUGGACAGAGUGGUGCUCCUGCUGUCAGUGUUGUCUCUGGGUGUGUCCUCUCAGCCAACAGACGACCAGCGUCUGUUCUCCAUCGCAGUCAGCAGAGUUCAGCACCUCCACCUGCUCGCUCAGAGACUCUUCUCUGAGUUUGAAAGCUCUCUGCAGGCGGAGCAGCGGCAACUCAACAAAAUCUUUCUACAGGAUUUCUGCAACUCUGAUUACAUAAUCAGCCCGAUCGACAAGCACGAGACACAACGCAGCUCUGUUCUGAAGCUGCUGUCUAUCUCUUAUCGACUGGUCGAGUCUUGGGAGUUUCCUAGUCGGUCCCUGUCUGGAGGUUCUGCUCCUAGGAACCAGAUUUCACCUAAACUGUCGGAACUAAAGACAGGAAUCCUGCUUCUGAUCAGGGCCAAUCGGGAUGGAGCAGAAGGAGUUCCUGAUAGUUCCACCCUCCAGCUGGCUCCUUAUGGAAACUAUUACCAAAGUGUGGGAGCUGAUGAGUCACUGAGACGAACAUAUGAACUUUUGGCCUGUUUCAAGAAAGACAUGCACAAGGUGGAGACCUACUUGACGGUGGCUAAAUGUCGACUCUCCCCAGAAGCCAACUGCACCCUGUAGCUCCACCUCUCUGCUGUGAACUGAUGUCCCGUGUUGAUGAUGCAAACCUUCUGUAGCUCCACCUCCACACUCUCUGACUCUGCCUAACUAUUGUAGCACUAGCAUUAGCAUCAGCACCUGUUGGUGGUUUGUUGAAGUGAUAAUGAAACAAGAGGUGUUCUGGUGUCAUUAUGAUGAAAGCUGCAGAACAGGAAGUGAUGUCAUGCUGCCAGCCUGUGAAAUAAAGUGAUCUGUAUUGCAAUCA